AUGGUAACUUCAAAUAGAGUUAAGACUUUGUCCUUUCUUCUUAAAGAUCCCAAUAUGCAACUAAUCUUAAGAAGAUUGUUUUAAUAACCAGAUAAAAUUUUCAAUAAGUUAUAAAAAUUCUCAAUUAUCAAUUAUUACUAAAUUAAAUAAAAUCUUAUAUAUGAUACGUUAGCAUUCUUUUAGUUAAAUAUUUUCAGAUAUCGGUCAAUGAAAAGAUUGAGUUGA